AUGAUAGAUGAUGAAGGUCACGUACGAGAACUUUACAAAGCUUCAGGGGGAGAUUGGGGAGGUACGAGUGUGAACAAAGAAAUGGAGAAAUUUUAUGAGAAAAUUGUUGGGAAAAAUGUUGUGGAUGAAUUCAAGAAGGACAAACUUGAAAGUGCACUAGAAAUGACCAGAGAUUUUGAAAUGAAAAAGAGAGCUUUCAUAUCAAGUCCAAAGAAUGUACAGUUAAAAAUGCCACAAACAAUGAGAAAUAUGUUUCAAACAUUGAAUCAAAUAACAGUCAACAAGAAAAUUUCAGAAAUCGACGACCUAAAAGAUCAAGUUAAAAUUAAAUCGGGCAAAAUGUUUAUUUCCUCUGAAAUAUUUGAAUCGUUUUAUACUCCUUCAAUUUCAAAAAUUUGUGCUCACAUUCAAAGCAUAUUGUCGCAUCCAAGUGCAGAUGGUGUAAGAUUGAUAUUUCUUGUUGGCGGUUACGCUGAGUCUCACAUACUCAGAGACGCGCUGAAAAACAAAUUUCCAGAAAUUAAACUUCUCAUACCAGAAGAUCCUGGCCUCUCGGUGUUGAAAGGAGCUGUCAUAUUCGGACAUGAACCAAACCUUAUUCAAGAAAGAAGAGCUAGGUAUACGUACGGGAUAGAGUGUUCCGUUCAAUUUUGUGAAGGAAAACACCGCGAAGAUUAUAAAUUUGAGAUAGAUGGAGCAUAUUACUGUGGGAAAAUUUUUGAUCGGCAUGUGAGAAUAGAUUCAAUUUUAGCGAACGACAGAUACCAGUCUACUCAAACAUACAGUAAAGGUGAAAAGGAGUUAGCUGCAACUCUAAAGGUUUAUGGAAGUACAAAAGAAAACCCGACAUAUGUAACCGAUGAAGGUUGUUUUCUUGUUGGAUGCAAGGUGCUCGAAUUCGAAAAUGGCAAAACUAUGGGCUCAAGUGUUAUAGAAGUGCAAAUGUCAUUCAGUGGAACAGAGAUAGAGCUGACAUUGACCUGUAAAAGAACAGGAAGAAUUACAAGAGCUUACCUUGAAAAUAUGUAA